AUGUCGCUGGUAAAAUAUGCGCCGGAUUCAGCAGCUCCACCACUAGGUACACCAGGUUCAUCACCAAGGAUUCCUAAUGGCACAAUAUCACAGUCACACCAAAAAACCAAUCCUGCCCGUCCUUCACCAACGCCAGCAAAUUUAAAACCAACGUUACCAACAGCAAUUGCAGCAACAAAACGAGAAGCCAAAAGCAUGAUAAACGAUAAGCAACACACAACAACCAAGUAG